AUGGAGACAAACUAUGAUUGUUCUUAUUCAACAUUCACCCGACAUAUUCCAUCAUAUAUUGUUUCACCUGAACCAAAUGAAUGGGGUACUUGUCUCUGUAUGAAAUGUUUAAAUCCACAGAUUAAAUCUGAUAGAAUCAAUCAACUGAAAAAUAAGUAUCCUGUCUUUAAUUGUUUAUUAUCUUUAAUGACAAAUGAUUUAACAUCAAUUAUUGAUGAUAAGAAAAAAGUAGAAGAAAUCUUGAAAGAAUUGGAUUUUUUAAAAGCAGAACCAUUUACAAUAAAUGAUGUCGAAUGGAUUAAAAAAAAGGAUCUGCAAAAACAUAUGGAAUUAGUUCGUGUUCAAUUUAAAAGUGCUAAAUUAAUUCGACAAUUAGCAUUGACAAGUGAUAGUGUAGCAACUAUACAAUUGGAUUGGUCAAAAAAUUAUCAUUUAAAACAAGCCAGGCAGGAACGUUCCCUAGAGAAUAUACUGAGUUAA